AUGGUUUUAAAGUUGUAUCAGCAUUCCCUGAGUUUGGCAUUCGCGGUGGAACAGAUCAACUCAAACCCAAAACUCUUGUCUAACGUUACCCUGGGAUUUUUCAUCUCCGACAACUAUUUUGAUUCCCGGCUGACGUACCGUUCCACUUUGGAGCUGCUCUUCCGAUCAGAUCAGUUGGUUGUCAACUACAGAUGUGGUACCAAGGAGAAUCUUAUUGUGGCCAUCAUUGGAGGAUUUGGUGCUGACAUCUCAUUCUUCAUGUCAGAUAUCAUAAAUCUUUAUAAAAUCCCACAGGUCUUGCCCCGUUCAGUGUGUAAUGAACCCUGUCCUGCUGGCUAUCAGAAGAAAAAGAAAGAGGGGGAGAAAUUUUGCUGCUAUGAUUGUGAUCCAUGUUCUGAGGGGAAGAUGUCAAACAUGUCAGACAUGAUUGCCUGUUCGGAAUGUCCAGAAGAUCAGUAUCCAAGUAAGGACAAAGUUCGAUGCAUCCUCAAAAUCAUAAUUUUCCUAACCUUUGAAGAACCUUUAGGGAUCAGUUUAGUUGUGAUUGCUGUUUUAUUUUCAGUCAUGACCAUGUUCAUACUUGGAAUAUUUAUCAAAUAUAAAGACACCCCUAUGGUUAAAGCAAACAAUAAGGACCUAACUUACAUUCUCCUCCUCUCUCUUCUGCUUUGCUUCCUCUGCUCUUUCCUUUUCCUGGGAAAACCUCUUAAACUAAUUUGCUUCCUCCGACAAUCCGUGUUUGGCCUUAUUUUCUCUGUGGCCAUUUCUUCCGUGUUGGCCAAAACCAUCAUGGUCAUUGCAGCUUUCAUGGCCACCAAACCAGGAUCUGGGAUGAGAAAAUGGUUGGGGAAAAAACUUUCCUUCUUAAUUGUUUUUUCUGGGUCUUUCAUUCAAGCAGGCUUUUGUCUGGCAUGGAUGAUCACUUCUCCCCCCUUUCCAGAACUUAACAUGAAAUCCAUGGCUGAAGAGAUCAUAGCAGAAUGUAACGAAGGGUCUGUUGUGAUGUUUUAUCUUGUCUUGGGCUAUAUGGGGUUUCUGUCUCUGAUCAGCUUCAUGGUGGCUUUCCUAGCUAGGAACCUGCCAGAUACUUUCAAUGAGGCCAAGUUCAUCACUUUUAGCAUGUUGAUGUUUUGCAGUGUUUGGUUAACUUUUGUUCCGACAUAUUUGAGCACCAAAGGAAAGUAUAUGGUAGCUGUGGAGAUCUUCUCCAUCUUAACUUCCAGUGCUGGGUUAUUGGCAUGUAUCUUCCUCCCCAAAUGCUACAUAAUUUUGCUGAGGCCUGACCUCAACAGCAAAGAGCAACUUGUAAAGAAAAAACAUUUUUGA